UUGGGGAAACCUUGGAAGUCCAGUCCCAGGAACCAUGGGGCGGCAGUGGGGGCCCUCCAUGAAGGCGGCCGAGCAGGCGGGCUGCGUGGUGAGCGCCUCCAGGGCCGGACAGCCGGAAGCGGGCUCUUGGAGCUGCAGCGGGGUAAUCCUGAGCCGCAACCCGGGCCUGGUGUUGUGCCACGGGGGAAUCUUCACCCCCUUCCUGCGGGCUGGCAGCGGGGCCCUGACCGCGGCCGGCACCACCACCCUGCCCGGCGACAGUUGUAGUGACGACCUGCGCCUUCACGUACAAUGGGGACCAACGGGCACGAGUACCGCCGGCCGCGCGGAGCCAGGUCGUCCCGGACUGUGCACGCCGCAAUGCUCGGGCCUCGAACCCGGCCUGGCCGCGCGGCCCCGCGGACGACUCCUGCAACCGCCGCGUAGGGCCGAGUUAUUGCUGCUGCUAAGCUGCCCGGCCUUUCGGGCCCACUUCGCGCGCCUCUUUGGAGGCGAGGCGGCAGAGCAGUGGCGCUUCGCGAGCGCCGCGCCUGACGAUGAGGUGUCAGAGGACGAGGAGGAGGAUCAGCUGCGAGCGUUGGGCUGGUUCGCGAUGCUGCGCGUGCAGCCCGGCCAGGAGGCGGAGGAGGAGGUCGGGCCCGCGAUGACCGUAGCGCCUCUCGGGAUUGUGCCCAAGGGCGCGCAGCUGCUGGCCUGCGGUUCCCCGUUCGGGGCUUUUUGCCCAGACAUCUUCCUCAACACGCUGAGCCGCGGUGUGCUCAGCAACGUGGCCGGCCCGCUGCUGCUUACCGACGCUCGCUGUCUGCCAGGCACUGAGGGCGGUGGCGUUUUCGCUGCGCGACCCGCAGGAUCGCUGGUGGCACUGGUGGCGGCGCCACUCUGCUGGAAGGCCCGCGAGUGGGUAGGCCUCACUCUGCUCUGCGCCGCAGCUCCGCUGCUUCGCGUCGCCCGCGCAGCGCUCGCCCACCUCCAGCCCGAUGCCGCUGCCCUGGCAGAUCUCCUGCCGCCCGAGGUGGGCGUCCCGCGGGGCCUGUCCCUUCAAGACCCGGGACCCCCGUGGGCAGCCGCAGCCGUGCUGGUGGAGUGCGGCACCGUGUGGGGCUCAGGAGUGGCCGUGGCGUCUCGCCUCGUGGUGACCUGCCGGCACGUGGCCCCUCGGGAGGCGGCCAGAGUCCUGGUGCAUUCUGUCACCCCCAAGAGUGUGGCCAUCUUGGGACAUGUGGUGUUUGCCACCCAGGAGACAUCUCCCUAUGACAUAGCAGUGGUGAACCUGGAGGAGGACCUAGAAGGUGUCCCUAUGCCUGUGCCAACUGAGCACUUCCAUGAAGGAGAUCCUGUCAGCGUGGUGGGCUUCGGUGUCUUUGGCCAAACCUGUGGACCCUCGAUGACCUCAGGCAUCCUGUCAGCUGUGGUGCGGGUGGACGACACACCAGUGAUGCUGCAGACCACGUGCGCUGUGCACGGUGGCUCUAGUGGGGGACCCCUGUUUUCCACCCAUUCAGGGGACCUCCUGGGCAUUGUCGCCAGCAACACCCGGGACAAUAACACAGGGGCCACCUACCCCCACCUGAACUUCAGCAUUCCCAUCACGGUGCUUCAGCCCGCCCUGCAGCGGUACAUUCAGACUGGCGACCUGGGGGGCUUCCAUGACCUGAACCGCGCUGCUGAGUCAGUCAGCGUGGUGUGGAGGCUGCAGCGGCCCCUGCCCGAGACCCCUAGGAGCAAGCUCUGAGGCUCUAUCAUCCCCUCCCCCUGCAGAAGAGGAGUGACUGUUUUAUGCCAUAGAAGUGAUGUUGAGGUUGAAGCCACCUUAGGAUCCAAGGCCCACCCAGCUCCAGGACUCCAGUCCCAUGGGCCUCAGAGUUGGCAGCCUGUUUUGGGGUGCUUUCUUGACCCCCCACUUCUUCAGCACUAGAAUCAAUCAUGUUAUUUUCCUCCUGGGGAUUCAAGCCAGCUGCACAGAACUCUGGUCCUGGUAGUCAGGUGCUGCUUGGAAGACUUUGUAUCUGUCCUGCUGACUCCUGGGCUCCCCAUGUCGGGGAUGACAGAGGACUCUGGGCUUCCUCAGAGGACCUUAGCACACAGGGCCUACUUUGAAGGCCAGAGACAAAGGGUUGGGGUACAGUGUGUCCCUGCUCUGCCACACCUAUGGGCAGGCAGGUCCCUGGCCAGGACACCUGGGUCUUCACUCAUUCAGUGCCUUCAUUUUCCAGCCCGCAUCCUGGGUCUCAGGGAUCUUGGGGGUUGAAUGUGUGGUUGGGACUUGGGAAUAAACACAAUCUACUACUUCUCUA